GGUCCCUCCUUCAGGAGCAUCAGGGCAGCCCAGCAAAGUGGCAGGGUCACAGCAAGGGUUCAGAGGCUACAGGGAACCUGUCUGGCCUGUCCCCUCUCAGAUACACUGAAGUCCAGUUCACGCUCAUUUAUUGUACCAGGUACCAGCCUGGUCGUCAGCCUGCUGGAGAGUUUGGGGGAAACCCUGAAGUCCGUUUGCAAAACCUGUGUGCAGAUGAGCAACAGUCAGCCAAGUCAGUGACAGGGUGGAGGAUGCACACAGUGGGUGUGCAGGCCUGGGAGGGAGAAAUGAGAGUCACGUGGUGAAACAAAGAGAUUCACGGGAUUCUUCAGUGGGCCAGUUUUCAUUGCCAUAGACCUGGGUUUGAUCGCUGGUCGGGAACUAAGAUCCCACAAGCCUCAGGGUGUAGCUCCCCACCCCACCCCCCAAAAAAUAAGAAACAAAGGGAUUUUUUUUUUUUAAGUCCUUCUCUGAAUGGCGCUCGCCCAAGCAUGGUCCCUCACCAAUGGUCCCUCACUUGCCGCCCCCAGGGGCCUGCGAAGCUUCCUUGGCGUGCUCCACCUGCCACGUGUAUGUGAGUGAGGACCACCUGGACCUUCUGCCGCCUCCUGAUGAGAGGGAGGACGACAUGCUGGAUAUGGCCCCCCUCCUCCAAGAGAACUCCCGGCUGGGCUGCCAGAUCGUGCUGACGCCUGAACUGGAAGGGGCCGAAUUCACCCUGCCCAAGAUCACCAGAAACUUCUAUGUGGAUGGCCACGUCCCCAAGCCCCACUGACAGGCGCAGCUGGACGGUCCCAGGCACUGAUGACCCCAGGGCCAGGACUGGAAGAACACAGCCAAGAUGCCAGCCCAGCCCAGGGCGCGGACAGAUCCGAGAGAGAUGGCGGAAGCACCCAGAAAGUCAAAACCCUGGCUUCAGAGAGAUCCCAUGUCCCAGCUCUGGUGGGGCCAGGUCCCCUAUUGGGGCCGCCUCAACCAAGCUCCUGAGAAUGGCGGUGUGGAUAGGGGUGGAAUCUAAUUGGAGCGAUAAUAAAACUGUCUCACAGAUAA